AUGAGAUUACUAGGAAAUGCAGUGCUUCUGGUGCUGCUCUCAUUAUUACACAUUGUGUUGGGAGCCGAAGACUUCUACAAGGUCCUUGGAAUAAAACGCGACGCCGGUGAUCGCGAGAUCAAGUCUGCCUAUCGCCAGCUGUCAAAGAAGUACCAUCCGGACAAGAACCCUGGCGAUGAAACCGCAAAAGACAAGUUUGUCGAAGUCUCCGAAGCAUACGAAGCCCUCUCCGACCCCAACACCCGCAAGAUCUACGACCAACAUGGCCACGAGGGCUUGAAGCGCCAUCAGCAGCAGGGCGGCGGUGGUGGCCACCAUGACCCCUUUGACGUCUUCAGCCGGUUCUUUGGCGGCGGCGGCCACUUUGGCCAGGCGAGCGACCGCCGUGGUCCCAACCUCGAGCUUAAGGUGCAGAUCUCCCUCCGCGAUUUUUACAACGGCCAGACCGUCGAGUUCCACUGGGACAAGCAGGAGAUUUGUGAACACUGUGAUGGUACGGGCGCCGCCGAUAAGGUGGUGGACACGUGCGACAAGUGCCAAGGGCGCGGUGUGGUCAUCCAGAAGCACCAGCUGGCACCGGGGAUGUUCCAGCAGGUGCAGAUGCACUGCGAUCGCUGCGGCGGCCGUGGCAAGUCUGUCAAGCAUGUGUGCCCCGUGUGCCAGGGCCAGCGCGUUGUGCGCCGGCCGACGCCCGUCUCGGUGACCAUACAGCGCGGCGUCGCCAAGGACACGCGCAUUGUCUACGAGAACGAGGCGGACGCCAGUCCCGACUACGUGGCCGGCGACUUGAUAGUAUCACUGGGUGAGAAGGAGCCGACGGCCGAGGACAACCCAGACCAUGUUGACGGCGCUCACUUCCGCCGUCGCGGCAACGAUCUGUUCUGGAAGGAGGUCAUCUCGCUGCGGGAGGCGUGGAUGGGCGACUGGACGCGCAACCUGACGCACCUUGACGGUCACGUUGUCGAGCUGAAGCGCACUCGUGGCCAAGUCGUGCAGCCGGGCCAUGUCGACACCAUAACCGGCGAGGGUAUGCCCGUGUGGCACGAGGAUGGCGACAGCGUCUACCACAAGACCGAGUUUGGCAAUCUCUACGUUGAGUACGCUGUUGUGCUGCCUGACCAAAUGGAGUCGGGUAUGGAGAAGGAGUUCUGGAGUUUGUGGCAGAAGUGGCGGGGUAAGAUUGGCGUCGACCUACACAAAGACAGUGGGCGGCCAGAUCGACCAGUGGCGGCCGAGGGUGACCAUCUUCAUGAGGAGUUAUAG